CUCGUUUGUUAUAGCUUAGUGUCCCUAUUCUCAACCUUCACAUUUGUAGAAUUUUUUAUAAAACCCUCUCAUCCCUGUCUCCUGCAUUUUUUUCCUUUCUCCAAGGAUUUAAUAUUUUGUUCCCCGUGUUUGUGUUGCUGCAAACGGAAACGCAACACAAACACAGGAUGAACCACAUUAGUUAUUCACAUUCAUCAUUUAAGAUGUUUGAAAAUACGGUGGUAUAUUGACCAACGUGCGGAUGUUGGCGUCAAUUUAGAAAAUUCAAUUUGUAAUUUCAACAAAUUGCGACGAGAUUUGCAUAGGGAUAUAAGAUUAUUCAUCUGGUAUCACAAAUCCAAACACAUGAUUAAUUAAUUGGUUUGAUAUUAUCAAUCAAUUAAUGGAUACGUCAACAAGAGGCAACGGAACCAUCUCAGUUAUUUAUGAUACCCAUGGGAGGUGGGAAAUUUGUGUCAAAAAUGAUAGAAAUGUUGGUUCUUAUGGCAUUUUCUUAGGAGACAAUCCAUUCGAUUUUGCGCUUCCUGCAACAUUGUUCCAACUCAUCAUCAUUAUCUUAAUCUCUCAAACGCUUUACUUUCUUCUCAGGCCAUUACGAACACCAAAAUUCAUCUGCAGCGUUCUGGGUGGAAUUAUUUUAGGGCCAUCAUGUCUAGGGAGGUAUGAGGUUUACUGGAAGUCACUAUUUCCUCCAAGACAAGCAGAUGUUUUAUUCGUAAUGUCAAUAGUCGGAGCUAUAUACUUUUUAUUCUUUAUUGCAUUGAAAAUGGACGUAAUAAUGACUAUAAGAGCAGCAAAAAGUACUUGGAGACUUGGUAUAAUACCCUUCAUGGCUUCUUUUAUGGUUAUGUCAACACUCCUAAAUUUUUUCUAUUCACCACAAAAUUUCUCUCAUCUCCAAACAGAUACUUCACGUUCAUCAUUAAGUGCUACAAUAGCAUUCAGUAAUUUCCCUGUUGUGUCUGAUGCUUUAGCAGAACUUAACCUCCUAGCCACUGAACUAGGACAGAUUGCUCUGUCUUCAGCUACGUUGAACGAUUGUAUACAAUUUUUUAUCAUAAUAUCACACCAUCUCUUGGACACAGAAAAAGUAGAAUACACAAUCUAUGGUUUUAGUUGUUGGAUAUUGUUCGUGCUUUUUUCUUUUUUUAUUUUGCGACCAACGAUGAGGUUUAUUGCACGCAGCACACCGACCGGGAAGCCAGUGAAACAAAUUUAUGUUGUGUUUAUUCUACUUGGCGUGUUGAUUAUGGCAGGUAUUACUGACCUUAUUGGGGUAACGUUUCUUAUCGGACCGUUGAUUUAUGGUUUGGUUAUACCGAGUGGACCGCCUUUGGGGACAACAUUGGUUGAUAAAUGUGAAGUUAUUAUCUCUGAAAUUUUGUUACCUUUCUUCUUUGUUUGUGUUGGCAUGAGCACAAAUUUGAGUGCACUUAACAAUUGGCGAGAGUUUGCAACUUUGCAAUUUAUCUUAAUUGCGGGCGACGUAGCAAAGGUGGUUGCUUGUGUGUUGGUUUCUAUGACAUAUAACAUUAAGGCCACACAUGGCAUAGUGCUUGGCCUCAUGUUGAACAUCAAGGGCAUCACUCACCUUAUAGCUUUCAGUAAAUUGAAGAAAGUCAAGCUGUUGGAUGAUGAUACAUACAGUCACUUGGUGAUUUGUGUGGCCGUUACAACCUCAGUCAUCACACCUUUCGUCAAAAUAUUAUACAAGCAUCGUCCUCGAGUACUAAAUUCAUCAACUGAAUAUUAUGAUCAAAUGAAAACAAUCCAAAACAGUCCACGAAAUUCAGAGUUUCGCAUUAUUACUUGUUUACACAGUGAAGGAAACGUGCGUGGUAUCACGACCCUAUUAGAAGCUUGCAACCCAGCUCCGGAGAGUCCCUUAUGUGUCUUUGUGAUACACCUAAUCGAGCUUUUAGGAAAAAGUGCACCAAUUUUGCUUCCCAUAAAUUACAAGCAAAACAGAAAAUUCUUGUCCGUUAAUUACCCUGACACAAACUACAUCGUGCGAGCAUUUGAGAAUUACGCUAAGAACUCUUAUGGUCCGGUUAUUGUUUUACCCUAUGUCAAUGUAGCACCUUAUAAGAGCAUGCUUGAUGCUGUGUGCAACUUAUCACAAGACAAAAUGGUUCCUCUUAUUGUUAUUCCUUUUCAUGAAAAUGACAAUAUUGAACUCGGUGGACACGUGUCAAGCUCAAUUCGAAAAUUGAAUACUAGGUUUCAAGCACGCGUGCCUUGCACGUUGGGGAUAUUGGUUGAUCGUUACUCGCAACUUGGUUCGAGUCAGGAUCACAUGAAGAAUUAUUUUCAUGUGGGGAUAUUUUUUGUUGGUGGGGCUGAUGACAGAGAAGCAUUGGCUCUAGGGAUACGAAUGUCGCAGCGAGUAAAUAUGAAGGUGUCUUUGUUUCGGUUCAUUGUGAUGAAUAGAAAAGAAUAUGAAAGUAAAACUCAACCAAGUGGAGAAGAUUCAUUUGGAGUGGAAGAACAAGAGGAAAUGUUGGAUGAAGGUUUAAUUGAUGAGUUUAAGAGUAUGAAAUUUGGGAGUGGGAGUGUUUCUUGGUAUGAGAUUGUGGUGGAGGAUGGAGUAGAAAUAAUAGAUGCAAUUCGUGGUUUAGAAGGAAACUAUGACCUUGUGAUGGUGGGAAAGAGGCAUAAUGUUGGAUCUUUGAAAGAUGAAGAAAUGGGAAAUUUCAUAGAAAAUGUCCAAAUUUUAGGAAUAUUUGGAGAUAUGUUGUCUUCAACAGAAUUUUGUAUUGGAACGGUUCCUGUUUUGGUAACACAAUGUGGUCGGGACAAAAGGGUAUUUAACAAGCUUGAUAGAGUAGGUUCAGUUAAUGUCUCUCAGAAAAGUUUAAUGUCAAAUAAAUAAAUGUUUUUUUUUUUUUUCUUUUCCUCAACAUUUUGGAUUUGUACAUAGGGUCCCCUUAGCAUGGUCCUGUAAUUCUUUUGGAUUACCAUGGUCCCGUAAUCUUGUAAACAUUUGCUUUUGGAAAUUAUUUUUUUUAUGUAAUUAAUUUAAUCAU